AAGUUCCGGGACCGGUACCGCUGGCAGUCAAGCGUGCACGUGCGAAGUUGUUCCUCGGCCACCAUUAUCCGGAUCGACGCUGAAGGCCACGAAACAAGUCGCCAAGACCAUCAACCAACACCAAAGGGGUCUCAGACCCCUUUUGUGGAAGGCUCAUCCUCGAGCUGCAUCGUGGCUGCGGCGACAUUUCCUGGAAGCCUCACUUCAUUCUGGAGACUUCCGAGAACCUUUUGCUGACGUUUUUCCGGACUCACCGAAAAGUCCGUUUGAACAGGCACGCUUGCCACUACUGGAGGCGAUUUUCGGGUGCUAGUUGGAGAAGCACAAUAUUGUGUGGUGGAGCAGAAACAACAAAAGGCGACAAUCCCGGCAAAAGAUUCCAGAAUUCGCCUGACUCAAGAAUCCUUUUGGUUCUGAUGACCAAUUGUCGGCCAGAAGUCAUCGCGAUGUGCACUAAGUCCGACACCGUUUGUCGGAGUUGGGUGAACGACAAAACAAGCUUGCAACGAGGGAAAGGUGGUACGCGACUGCCACUGCACGCGGAAGUCACCUUGCGAUCACGGAGCGAGGUGUGGUUUCCUUGCCGGAUGACAGCAGAAACAAGAAGUGUGCGAUUCUUGUCGUGUUCAGGCGUAAUGUGGUUAGCCAGCCACAGCGGAAAGGAGUCAAAAUUCUCCAAUGGACAGAAAUCGUGGAAAAGGAGUGCGGGAUCGAUAUCGGGUGGAGCCAAAGUGGAUCAGCGGAACUGCGAUCGCUCCGGGACGCCGGACGCGACCAUCAAGGAGCGCAUCCUAUGCGCGUUCUCAAUAGCAUCGGUCGAUCGAAACCCGAUGCCUGUAGGCGAGCAAUCCGAGCGCAAGGAUCAACUCAAGAAGUUCAGCGAGAGGAGGAGGAAUAGGUUGGCUCCACUUACACGCACCAGGAGGGCCACUCAUCCAACUAAAAAGCAGCAGCACGUAAGUCACGCUUACUUUUAUGCCCUGCAGGGACAAUAAAAUGGGUUACACCUGAUUUCGCAACACUUUCUUGCCGAAACAUAAUUCACGCAUUUAAUUUAUUUUUUGAGGCA